AUGCGUAGUGAUUUUGAAAAAAUUAUCGAUAGACUCAACUUGCUAAUGCUGGAAGAAAACCCUAAAUUUGUUCCUAAUUAUCAAGAGUUGGCCGUCUUUGACGAUCUGUACUGUCGUAUCAAACGUGUUCGUAAUAACGUGAAUGACGAGGUCAAGGUCAAGGAGCCCACGGUAUCAAAAUAUUCUCAGCGGGUGCAAUAUUUAAUAGGUAAAUUAACGCACAACGCCCUCAAGAUCACGGCCGGAAUUGUACCUACUGGCGAAACUUAUAGAAUAAUAUGGGAUAGCUUAGUUAAACGAUACCAAGACAAACGCACGCUAGGUGCACAUUAUUUGUCUAAUAUUUUUGAUUUGGAAAAUACUUCUUAUACUGCACAGAGCUUAGAGAUAUUCAUUGAGAAAUACUCUGCUUCUAUUUUAGCAUUAAAACAGUUAGGGAUUUCGGAAUUGUCUGAUUUUAUUUUCCUUAAUUGUGCAUUGCGUAAUUUAGACACUCAAUCUGUACAAGCUUUCGAGUUAUCGGUACGUGAGAAAGAAAUACCGUCCUCUGAAGAUUUAAUUACAUUUAUUCGUGAUCAAGUUAAAAUAUUACAACGUUCAAACAAUUUAAGUUCUAAAAUUUCGAACGCCCAUAAAACUCUUUCUCAUUCGUCUAAUAAUUCGCGUAAGAACAAUACGUACACGUUGCUGUCUAAUAGUGGUAACGCUGUUGAUUCCGUGUCACUUGAGAAAUGCCCUUGUUGUCAUGGCAAUAAGCAUGCGUUGUAUCACUGUUCAUCUUUCCGCAAUUUAGAUUCACCUAAAAGUAGAUAUGAUUUUAUUAAAUCUAAGAACGGUUGUGUUAACUGUUGUGGAUUAAACCACACUGUUUCCAAUUGUAAUUCGUCAGCUGUUUGCGGAUUAUGUAACAAGCGACACCAUACUUUGUUGCAUUUCGAUAGAGUACAUAAUUCUGAGCAAAAUGCUAUUAAAAGCAAAACUCAUUUCCAAACUUCGCAAGUCGGUAAAACUGAUUCUUCAUCUCGAGUCGAGUGCGCGUGCACUAGUCAGCGGCCCGCUUGUCAGGUCGUAGAGAAUGUUUCGAACCUGAGUAUGAACUCCGCCGUUGGCGCGCAGAACCCGCCGUAUCAACCCGCCCCUGUGACGUCAUCUUUGUUUACCGAUGCCGCCUCGAUGUCUUUUAAUGCUAAAGUGCAUUCGAGCGCUAUUUUGCUAGCUACGGCACAGGUCUACGCCAAGGGUAGGGAUGCGAGUAAGAUGUUGAUUCGUUGCUUGAUUGAUAAUGCUUCAAUGAAUAACCUUAUAACAAUCGACACUUGCAAAUUAUUAAACUUACCAAUAAUUCCAUUAAGUAAUUCUUUUGUUAAGGGAAUUGGUAUGUCAACACGUCCUAUUCAUGGGCAUGUUGUUUUAAAUAUAGAGUCUCGUGUAGACAGCAAACAGUCAUACCGAAUUAGUGCAUUAGUGGUUGACUGUCUUACGGAUGAAUUGCCAUCCUGUUUUAUUGAUAAAUCUGAUUUUACUCAUUUAGAAAAUAUUUGUUUGGCUGACCUUACCUGGAACAUUCCCGGGGAUAUACACUUAAUCCUUGGCGCUCAGCUAUUCCCCUAUAUUUACCUAGGUGACAGAGUUGAAUCAGGCACUAGCGCACCACCCGCUGUAUUGACAACCUUUGGUUAUGUUUUGAUGGGUGAUGUACCCAAAACAUCCUCUGUUCCUCCGUUCACUGGGUUCACUCUAAACGAUGUCCUUCAGAAAUUCUGGGAGUUAGAGGAGAUACCGCAGAUGAAAUAUUUAAGUCCGGAAGAAACAGAAUGUGAGAAUUUAUUCACAUCUUCAGUGUCACGUGACAAGUGUGGUCGCUAUUCCGUUUCUCUGCCGUUCUGUCGCACGCCUUCAGAAUUAGGUAACUCAAGGGCUAUUGCUCUUCGUCGAUUUAUGGCUUUAGAGCGAAAAUUUAAACAUACUCCCGGGUUGAGGGAAAAUUACAAUUCUGUAAUUCAUGAUUACAUCAAUAAUGAUUAUUUAUCUGAAGUUCCCCAAUCUUCUUUAAAUGUUGAGGGCUAUUACAUUCCUCACCACGCAGUUAUUCGGGCAGACAAGCCUAUGCCUCGUAUCGUUUUAGAUCCAACCGUUAAAACGCAUACUGGUCUUUCUCUGAAUGAUAUCCUUUACGUUGGCCCUAAUUUGCAGGCGGACUUAUUUUUACUACUUAUUGAUUUUCGAUUGUUUCCAAUAGCUAUGACGGCUGAUGUGAAACAAAUGUAUUUACAAAUUGGUAUUCCCGAAGAUGAUCGGAAAUAUUUGCGUAUUUUGCUUCGGUUCAAUGAGAACAAACCUACUCGUGCUUUUCAAUUCAGUCCUUUACCUUUUGGACUGAAGUCAAGCCUUUAUCUCACUAUGAGAACUGUUAAGCAGUUAGCUGAGGGUACGUCUCAUGAGUUUCCUGAAGCAGUCGCUGCUUCUAAGAGUAGGCUUCAUAUAGACGAUUUAGUUUAUUCAGUGCCUAAUGAUAAAAUUGCAGUUUCUUUGUCCAAACAAUUGGUUUCCCUAUUUAAGGCAGGAUCUUUCGACCUUGUCAAGUCGACUAGCAACUUUUCUGAGGUGUUGUCCCACUUACCCGAGUACCACCGAAGUACGGUGAAUAUUUCUAAAGGGGGGAAUUUUUCCGAGGUGUUAGGUCUCGCGUGGGAGCCUGGUGAUGACAAGUUGUUUGUUACUGUUUGCAAUGUACAUGAUAAAUGUACUAAGAGGAAUAUCCUCUCUAUUGUAGCUCGCUCAUUUGAUGUUCAAGGUGUAAUUGCCCCAGUCAUACUAUAUGCUGAAUUACUGCUUUCCAAUAGCUUGCGGUGGAAUGACCUUUCAUGGUUUAUCAACCCACCAAAUAUGGAUUCUUUACCUGAUCACAAAGUCAAUGUUUUAACUUAUCAAAAUGAAUCGCUCGUAUUAUAUGAGUUCUCUAAACGUUUUUCUUCCUGGGAGAAACUUUUGCUGUUAUUCAAGGACUUUACAAUAGCCGGCCGGCAGAACUUAGAAGCCUCCCAGAGCCCUGGUCAGCCUCACUGCGAGGAUUUCUUCUGCACGGUGGAUGUUGCAUUCUGCUAG